CUUGCAUUUUAAGUGUGUAAUACAGACCAUUUUUCUAUGAGUUGCAUGAGUCACAGUUCUGUGUGAGGCUCAGUUCUGGCCAUACAACUGCUUGCAUAGAGAAUGAUUUAUGAUCUCUAUGAAAUCAUUUAAUCCUGAGGAAACUUAAACAGAAACAUGGAAAUAAGUAUGUGAAUUAGAAGUGAGUUCUAGUGUGUUCACAAUUAAUGCUCGAAAUCCAGCACACAUACAAAGAGCAAAAUGAAAUGAUUGGCCGAUUCAAAAAUGGCAACAAACCAUCAUUGGACCUUGUAUCACCUGUUGUUUGUGCAUGUGCUUUCUGUAAAUUUAGUCUUAGCACACAGUCAGCAUGGGUGUUUGGGUGUGGACAGUGUUGAUCUGGCUCCAUGCUAUAGGCUGCUUUUGUUUGAGAACGCCAACAAACUAUUGUUAGAGACACGCUGCUCAAAAAGCAAGCUUGUAUCCUACAGUAGUGGUGCAGUAUCUAGAGCGACUUUCAGAUGAUAAAGCCCCUCACUGUGACAAGCAGAAAAGACUGAAGAGGUGCCAUGAAGGUGCUGAAUUCCAGAUCUGCCUUCUACCUGGGCUUCCUAGUAGGUUCCUGCACGCUCUACUUCUUCCAGAGGCAGGUGUGGUUUGAGCAGAGCUUCGGCCUGUGGCGCAGUGGCCAGCGGGAUGAUGCUGUGUUGACGACUGAUGACCCCAACUGGAAGGUAGAGGGUUCUGCGCUCAUCAACCUGAAUCACCCUCAUCUUACAGGGGAAGACAGUCGUGUUGCAGAUGAGCUCUAUAAAAAGGUGCGUAUCCUGUGCUGGGUUAUGACGGGGCCCAGCAACCUACAGUCGAAGGCCCGUCAUGUGAAAGCUACAUGGAGUCGACAUUGCAACACUGUACUCUUCAUGAGUUCAGUGGAGGACCGUAGCUUCCCCACCGUUGGCCUUGACACGGGAGAAGGCCGCGACCAGCUUUAUUGGAAGACCAUCCGUGCCUUCCACUAUGCUCUGAAGAACCACGGGGAGGAUGCAGACUGGUUCCUGAAAGCUGAUGAUGACACAUUUGUAGUAGUGGACAACCUGCGCUGGAUCCUGUCCAAUCACUCCUCUGAAGAGCCGAUCUACUUUGGCAAGCGCUUCAAGCCCUAUGCCAAGCAGGGCUACAUGAGUGGAGGAGCAGGUUAUGUGCUCAGUAAAGAAGCACUGCGGAGGUUUGUGAAGGGGUUUAGCACCAAAGUGUGCACUCACACUACCUCGGUGGAGGAUCUGGCCAUGGGUCAGUGUCUGGAGAAAAUGGGCGUGCUGGCAGGAGACUCUAGGGACACGUUUCACCGUGAAACAUUUCACCCGUUCGUUCCUGAGCACCAUCUUGUUGGCAAGUUCUCUAAAAGCUUCUGGUACUGGAACUACUGCUACUAUCCUAUUGUAGAGGGCCCACAGUGCUGCUCUGAUCUCGCUGUGUCCUUUCAUUAUGUGGACGCUGAGCUGAUGUACACUCUAGAGUACUACACCUACCAUCUGCGGCCGUACGGCUACCAGCACCGCUACAGACCUCCAGUACCAUCCAUCCUCAACAUAGCAGCCCAGACUGAGAGGACAGUGAUGGCCACUGUGAAAGUCUCUCAGCCAGUAGCAGAGGAACCAAAUGCAUCCAAAAAUCAGGCCAAUCAAGAAUUAGAUGGACAUACAGAAACGCACACAGUGGCAAAAGCAGCUCCAGAGAGAAAGCCAGCAGACAACGGCACUGCCCCGAUGCAGGAGAGCCAAGGCUAGCCUGCAAGAGGCUAUGAUUGUGUUGUACAUGGGCAACAGGAAAUGUAUGCACAGACAAUAUACUGAAAAUAGCAUUGUUAGAGAGACCUUAGCCAUCUAUUAGCAUUGUCAUAUCAACACUCAUUGUCUCUGUGACAAUGAGUUUAUAUUGUGUUCUUCCUGUGGUUCAUUCACCUCUUUUCACUGCAUUUGUGUUUGCUAUGCUGGUUCAGGGAGAGCAAAGCUACUCAUGAAAUAUACUGUGUAGAUGAUGAUGUAUAAUGUAGCUGGAGAUACUGGAUUCUCCUACACUGCAGCAAGAUUUACAGCAAAAAACUAAAAUAUUUUCGUAUUGAGAAAUUGGAAACUGCUGAUGGUGGAAACUGACCAUACGGUUGGUGAAUAAAAUAUUUUUGAAGUUAAAGUCAUCUCAUUGGGCACCAAAUUUCAGCUACAGGGGGUGUCCAAAAUAAUGGCAAGGUAUUAAAUGAAAUACGUAAACUCAUUCGUCAUUUUCUCUGGGACAGCUACCAUAUAGGUGCGCUUUGUAUGUGCACGAUUACCAGCACAGCUCACAUUAACGUGCUACAAAUAUCUGGUAUGCAGUGGUUUUAUGGUGGUUCUUAUGGUAGAGGGUGGCUGGUAAACUGUCCAGCAAAAGAUGGGUCUGUAAUUUUAAACUUAAAAGUGCAUCUACAGUAUUUAGUUUGUGUUGUCUUGCCACAGUGGAAGGAUGGACAGAAACAGCUGUGGAUUUUUCCAAUCUGAAUAGUGCAGCUUGAUGUUCUCCUUUCUAUCAAAGAUAAAAACUUAUUCUCUUUAUCUGAUGGGGACAGUUUUGGUGGUCUAUCAGGUCUUUGCACACUCCUCACAUAUUUUUCUUUGAUUUUCUUUCCCUUCCAAGUGGAUUAUCUUCUCUCUAAUCUCCUCAGAAACAUCUGA